UACUUCAAUUUUCUUAGCUUCUUCAUUCCAUUUUUUGAAGAAAUUAAGUAUAGAAUUGAAGUAAAAAAGCUAUGGAUGAUGAAGGAGAGAUGUCAAGAAGGCCAAGAGGACGACCCGCUGGAUCAAAAAACAAGCCAAAACCACCCAUUAUCAUCAAUCGAGACAGCGCCAACGCCCUCCGAACACAUAUCAUCGAAAUCGCGGAUGGUUGUGAUGUAAUGGAAAGCGUAUCCAAUUUUUCGAGAAGAAGACAAAGAGGAGUUUGCAUUAUGAGUGGAACGGGAAAUGUUACUAAUGUGAAUUUAAAACAACCAGCUUCAUCCGGUGAGAUUGUAACUCUACAUGGUCGAUUUGAGAUCUUAUCUUUAUCUGGAUCGUUCCUCCCACCACCUGCUCCCCCAGCUGCUUCAGGGUUGACUAUUUAUUUAGCUGGGGGACAAGGACAAGUGGUGGGAGGAAGCGUGGUUGGCGCGCUUAUGGCGUCAGGACCGGUUGUUAUUAUGGGUGCUUCGUUUAGUAAUGCGGCUUAUGAAAGGCUACCGUUGGAAGAGGAUGAUCCGAAUAAUCAUCCUCUUCCAAUGCCAGGAGGUCCUCUGGGAUCUCCUGGCGGACAACAACAACAAUUACUAGGCGGUGACCCAUCGAUGUUUCAUGGGACACCGCCACCAAACCUUCUCAACUCAUCAAUGCAAUUACCUCAUGAAGGAUAUUGGUCAACGGGACGACCUCCUUUCUAACUUGAAGAA